AUGUCGAAACGUCGAUUAUCUAACGCCAGUAGCGAUAGUUUGGCCCUUGAGGGUGAAGCUCGCAGCCGCCGCCUUCGCACUGCAAGCCCUCAAAGAACACGGGUUACGAUCAAUUUCGAUGACCAACCUUUGACCAAACUCAUCAUACCUGUCACUUCAGCUACCACUAUCGAUGAUUUACAGAGCUUAAUCUUCAAUCCCACUGCAAAAAGCCGUGUUUUUGGAGCUGCAGGAGAUGAGGUAACUCCAGCACCAGGCUUUAAUAUUGGUUUAUGGUUCAAAAACACGGAUGACGAUUCUUCAGUAUGGGCAUUAGGGACUGAUACGCCCGAAAAACUCUGUUUGACUGGUAGUCUCGAGAAUCCAUUGAACAUUUUCCUAGUCCUGAUUAGCGAAGCGAAUUUCCGCCCACAUUUGAUUCCUUGUCUGCUAGAGCGCAUGAUGCUGGUCACGAAUAUUGGCGAGGCUAAGAACUGCCUUGAGAGCUCUUUAAGAAUGAUGGUAGUUCCCAAAGAGAAGAAGACCAUCUUGGUAAACUGUUUCCGUGAAAUUGCGCUUAGGAUGGUUCCUGGUGCAUUCUUCAAACCUGUCAAAGGGAAACGCAUGCCAAUCCCUGCUACUGACGACUUUCGAAACAUCAUCAACGUUUGCAACAGUUCCCAACACUUUCGGAUGCUAUCGCCCCUGCAGUUAGACGGAAGAGAGAAUUCGGGUAUCUCAUUAUCUAAGGCCGGAUAUGUAUCACAUUAUACUCAGAAGGGUGAUGAAACUUCGCAAUCGAGGCUCGAAAAUGCGAUUACAGGCUUCGAGACUUUACCAUCAAGACCGGGACAGAGUCUUCUCCAAGCUCUCCGAUCAGUAGUUUCACAAAGACAAAUUGAAGGUACGUGGGAGAUUGACGAUUGGGAGCGAGUAGAAUCAAGCUCACCGGUUAUAAAUCCGAGCUCUGGACCUGAUGAAGCAAUCGUUAUUUGUUUGGACAAGAGCAUCAGUAUGCGAACUUCACUCGGAAAUAAUUGGAUUGGAAAUGGUCAAAUUAAUACGCUCAACCGAUUCGACGAAGCCAAGCAAGUGUUUCGAAAUGUGGUAUCACGAUUGUCUGCUUAUCACUUGAAUGUCCAUAUAGGUCUAGUUACGUUUGGUUCGAAGGCAGAGCAGGAAGCUCAAAUUUCUCCUGUCGGCAAAGAAUUCAAGAACAAACUAGAAAACACUCAGGCAACUGACCACAGGACAUCGCUUUUCGAUGCCUUAUCUGUCGCUCGUUCUAGGCUCGUCUCUCACCAAAAGCAGUAUACUGAAUCCAAGAUGAAGCUUCGCAUCAUCGCAUUAACCGAUGGGAAGGACAACAGUUCCGUUUUCACUGCAGAAGAGACUCGUGAGAUGUUAUACAAUGAUGACAUAGUCCUUGACUCAAUCGUCAUAGGUGGCUCCUCGUCUGAUGAGCUUUUCAAGAUAUCAAAAUAUACAGGUGGUUAUGCCUUCAAACCAACAUCACGAAUGCUUUUGUUCCAGACUUUCCUCCUCGAGCCGUUCCUGGAUAUACUUGCUAGACCAGAUAUUGUCAAAAUCCCACUCGAUGACUAUGAUACGUCACUGCCAAAAGAGGCUGACAUGACAACCAUUGAUGACUUUCCGCCUUGUCGUCCGCAUCAAUUACAGGAUGGUGGUUUUGUCUCGCUUGACGCAGCAACACGCCAGUUGGCUGGAAAGUCGUCUUCGCUUCUUGAAAUUUGCCGCAUGUCGGCUUCCGCCGAACCUGCCCAUAGAUCGACUGGACGACUAUUUCUUGACGAGAUGCGACUCAUGAUUGCGAAUCCUCAUGCAUCGAUGGAUAUCUAUGUCAGUGAAGUAGAUAUGGCUUUUUGGAAGAUCGUAAUGUCGGGACCAGCAUCUACGGCCUAUUCCGAAGGCACUUUUGCCUUGUUUGUUCAUAUGACAGAUACGUAUCCCCAAAAGUCACCGGCUGUCCGCUUCAUCACACCAGUGCUUCAUCCAAAUGUAUCCAAGCAUGGUAGGAUAUGUCACGAAAUUUUCGAUGAUGGGUGGAAAUCAAGCUUUCACAUUCACGAUAUCUUGAAGACUGUAUUCACCCUAUUCGAGAAUCCAAAAGCUAGUUGCGAUGCUGCUAUUGAUGAGCUAGCAACACUGAAGUUUUGGACCGACCGGGAGACAGCUGAUGCGGAAAUCAAGAAAUAUGUCACCAAAUUCGCUACACGUACUAGACUUCAAUGGAAGAGAGAAAUGGAUUUGACAGUUUGA